AUGCGCGGAGGGGGAGGAGUCAUGAGAGUGUAUCAACAACACAAACCUAGCGACUUCAUCAUGUCUGGACGUGGAAAGGGAGGAAAAGCCAAGACCGGAGGAAAGGCGAAAUCUCGUUCAUCGAGAGCCGGACUUCAAUUCCCAGUCGGUCGUCUUCACCGUCUUCUUCGCAAAGGAAACUACGCUCAACGCGUCGGAGCCGGAGCCCCAGUUUACUUAGCCGCUGUUCUCGAAUACCUCGCUGCUGAGGUUCUCGAGUUGGCCGGUAAUGCUGCCCGUGAUAACAAGAAGACGAGAAUCAACCCAAGACAUCUCCAGCUUGCCGUUCGCAACGACGAGGAAUUGAACAAACUUCUCGCCGGUGUGACCAUCGCUCAAGGAGGAGUUCUCCCCAACAUCCAGGCUAUUCUUCUUCCAAAGAAGACUGCCGGAGAAAAGGAGUAA